AACAUUAAACCGAAACCUAAUAAUAAGCGUUGCGCACGAUAAGGAAGCAUACAAAUACCAAAACAAAUUAAUUUUCAUUUUUUUAUUAAAGAAAACAAGAAACCAGAGAAAAUAUUAUAUCAUCGGAAAAUCGAUCAGUUUGAUUAUCGCACAGUUACGAAUUUGAUCGGAAAGGAAGUGUUGACACUGAAAACACAUUAAGGUUUUUCGGUACAGAAUUUGAGGAUCAUACAAGUAAAAUAUGUCUCCGGCAUUGAAAUCCAAGAGUAAGUCAAAAGAUAAAGCCCCUGAAAUGGCUUCCAAGGAUCAGCAAAAGACAUCUUCUAAGUCUUCUGGGUCCACCAACAAUGUAAGUGGUAGUCCAGCGAGUGCUUACAAUCCCAUAUCUGGGACAUUUCACACUCUAGAGAUACCGUCUGGACCUUCUUCUCCACCUUAUCAUGAUAAUGGUCGUUUUAGAAAUUUAGAUGACAAUGAUGAGCAUUCUAGUGGUCCACAUGGAACUGUUUCUGAGUAUGAUUCAGUUUCAAAUAAUGGCAGUUGCUCUGGUGAAUCAGAAGAUUUAAAAGAGAAGAUAUCUAAUUCUUCUAGACAAGAAACUUUAGUUGGAUUAGACAGUGAGAAGAGAGACAAAAUCCGGUUAAAGAACGAGAAAAAGCAUCAGCGCCAGAGAGAGAGGCGGGCUCAAGAGUUACAUGACCGUUGCAUUGAAUUGCUGAUGUCUAGAAAACUAGAAUCUCUCUCGCAGCAGCUUGUCGCAAUGGGAUUUUCUCAUGACCAGGCAACCUUAGCCCUUGUUAUGAAUGAGGGAAAGCUAGAGCAGUCAGUAAAUUGGCUCUUUGAAGGGAAUGAAGAGGAAGCUCGUAACAAGGACACUAAACCUGGAAGUAGCAGUAAUUUAAAAAUAGAUAUUAGUGAUGAGCUUUCUCGGAUCUCUGCGAUGGAGGUGGGUUACAAAUGCUCAAAGCAGGAGGUGGAAAGAGCUGUUAUUGCAUGUAAAGGUGAUCUUGUGAUGGCAGAAGAGAGCUUACACGAACAAAAGCAGGACCCACCAGUCACUCUUCCAAAUCCCGAGGAGAAUGUUAAUGGCUAUACUAUGAAGAGAACACAAGAAAAGUCCGCGACAUCAGCUUCAAUUACAAUACAACAGAGAAGAAAUGAACGGGAUUUUAACUUUACCAAAUCAGCAAUUCCAGUGCCUACAGCUUGUUUGGAACCUGGGACUCGAAAUCUGCAAUCUUUGAAUCAGCCUAAGUCACUUGCAGAAAAGAGGUGGCUAGCAGGAUUAAGCACUUCCGCUGCAUCAGCGACUAUGCCAUCAUCUAUGGAAGUGACUGCCCCCCCAGCAAAAUUGGAAGUCCGGCUUGGUGUUUCUGGAAAUGAUGGUAAAAGUCAUCAGCAAAUACCAAGGGAACCAGUAGUUAUGAUGCAGCGGCCCCAAUAUAUUAAUUCCAAGCUAAACCAAGUCCCUAGCAUUACCGCCUCUCCUGCUGUAACAGCUGGAUGGUACUCAAAUAAUGUACCAGGUGUUGAAAAUACAAGGUCUAACGGUAAGUUACCUCCGAACCAGAGCAUGGGCGCCCUUGGUUUAGUACAUCAGUAUCCUGAGCAAUUCUACCAUCAGGCAUCAUUUAAAGAAAGCUCGUAUCCUUUAAACGUACCAGUGGAUUCUACAUCAUCGGUAGGGUUGGGAGGUUCUUGGAGCACAGUGGGCAAUACUUACCCGCUUGGAGUUCCAUAUGAGCCUCACAGUUCAUAUGGCACAGUGAAUACAAGUUCGCCUUCACUAGCAGCUCCCUCCUCGCUUGGUCUAUUUACUGGUGUGAGGUCCGCAGGAACUUUAGGUACAUCGUCGCAUGUGGAUUGGAACACCGGAGGCUCGACGCAGGUGGACUACACCUCUAUAGAUUGGAGUUUGGAUUCAAAUGUAGCGACUGGCGAGCCUAGUGGGUUGUGGCUAGGCAUUUCUUCGUUGUUGAGGAAUACACCCGGCGCAAGGAUGAACAGUAUGAAUAGUUCCCGCAUGUCAGGGUUCCGUAAUGGUGGGGCAGCUAAAGAAACGGCAUCUUCCGCUGGAUUACAUGAGUGGACGUCUCCUUUUGCGGAGAAUGAUAUAUUUAGUUUGCCUAGGCAGUUUGUGAACUCUCCACUUCCAUAGAGCUAGGGUGUUAGUACUUUGAAUUUUAAAUGGUUGUUCAUGGUUCGGUGGUAAUGCAUUUACUUGUUUCUGUCGUUUAA